AUGACGUCUCCCACUGAAUUCACAGGAUGGCUCGGUCAUGACAAGAGCGCCGCUCAAGGAAACAUGACAUGGUCUUCCUUCAAGCCGAAACCCUUCAAUGAUAUCGAUGUCGAUAUCAAGGUCUCGCAUUGCGGUAUAUGCGGUAGCGACAUUCACACGCUGCGCUCUGGCUGGGGCACUACGCACUAUCCCACAUGUGUCGGACACGAGAUUGUCGGUCACGUCGUUCGCGUUGGAGAAAAAGUCAAGAAUCUGAAUUUGGGUGACCGGGUCGGUGUAGGCGCCCAGGCCUUUAGCUGUCUAAGAGACGAUUGUGAAGAAUGCAGCGCAGGCAUCGAGCAGCAUUGUAAGAAGAUGGUAUCCACGUAUAACUCAAAGUACCCGGAUGGCAGCUGGAGCAUGGGCGGUUACGCCGACCACGUUCGUGUACCAGCGCAUUUCGCCAUUAGGAUACCCGCAGGACUUCGAAGUGAGGACGCAGCACCUAUGAUGUGUGGAGGCAUUACCGUGUAUGCGCCGCUCAAGAACAAUGGCGCAGGACCUGGCAAGAGAAUAGGGAUCAUCGGUAUAGGUGGUCUUGGUCACUUUGGUAUAUUGUUUGCGAAAGCACUAGGCUGUCAAGAAAUAGUCGCCAUCAGCCGGAAAAGAAACAAAGUCGAAGAUGCAAAGGCAAUGGGCGCAACAAAUUACAUUGCGACUUCUGAAGAUGAAAAAUGGGCAAGGAAGCACAGCAGAACUCUGGAUCUCAUCAUCAGCACUGUCUCGUCUCCAGAUAUGCCUUUGGAAUCCUAUCUCCGGCUACUGCGUACAGGCGGCUCUUUUAUCCAGGUCGGCGCGCCAGAAGACAAGCUUCCUCCGAUCACUGCAUUUGGCUUGAUUGGCAAGGGUUGUAAAAUUGGUGGAAGCCAGAUUGGCAGUCCCAGGGACAUUGAAGAGAUGCUGAAGUUCGCUGCGGAGAAGGGAGUCAAGCCGUGGGUACAGAAGCGCAACAUGAAGGAUGCGAACCAGGCCGUAGUCGAUAUGGAAGACGGGCAUGCCAGAUACCGAUACGUACUCGUGAAUCCCGAUCACGGGGAUCGUGCAAAGAUGUGA